ACCAAAGCUAUAACAGCUCAACACCGAUUAUUAUAUCCAAGAAUAUGUUUUGUUUGGUUUCAGUUUUGGUUAGCAUCAUUGCCCUCAAUUUGUCGGUUGAUGGUAGUAAUGUACAUCAUCACCAUCAAGGAGCUUCAUAUGGUCUUCCUUCAUCUAUUAUAUCAUCAGGUGGACAUGGUGGCCAUGGACAUCAAGGACAUAGUAGCCUGACUAAUACGAGAAAAUUAGUGUCUACUCCAAUUGUUUCGUCCUAUAGCACUUCAAUUGUUCAUCCAGAUUCUUGGAUCUUACGUCCAAUUGCAAACCAUAAUGGCUACAAUUCUCAAAUUGUUCAUCAACAUCAUCAUCAACAGCAGGAACCACAGCAACAUCAACACCACGUUAUUUCUCCAGUAACCCAUCAAUUACCAGCUUCUUCUCAGUUAUUUUUGGGACACUCUAAUAGUCACCAUAACACUAAUUCCUACGCAAUUCAAAGUUCAUACAAUGUUCCAUUGGCACCGCAUGGAAUUUACUCUGCAUCACUAGCUUCAACUCAUAACGGCCUCUCAAGAUGGUAA